UCUUCACAGGAUAAAACUAGAGUUGUUUCUCCAAUAAUUGAUGUAAUUAACAUGGACAACUUCCAGUAUGUUGGAGCUUCUGCUGAUCUAAAAGGCGGAUUUGACUGGAAUCUGGUCUUUAAAUGGGACUACAUGACUCCAGAACAAAGACGAGCUCGUCAGGGUAAUCCAAUUGGUCCCAUUAGAACACCCAUGAUAGCUGGGGGUCUCUUUGUGAUGGAUAAAGGUUACUUUGAAGAGCUUGGUAAAUAUGACAUGAUGAUGGAUGUCUGGGGUGGAGAAAACUUAGAAAUUUCUUUUCGGGUGUGGCAAUGUGGGGGCAUCCUUGAAAUCAUUCCCUGUAGUCGGGUAGGUCAUGUAUUCCGCAAGCAGCAUCCCUAUACAUUUCCAGGAGGCAGCGGUACUGUUUUUGCAAGAAAUACACGCAGGGCAGCAGAAGUUUGGAUGGAUGAAUUCAAAAAUUUCUAUUAUGCAGCAGUGCCUUCAGCUCGAAAUGUGCCAUUCGGCAAUAUUCAGAGCAGGUUAGAACUGAAGAAGAAAUUGGCCUGUAAACCAUUUAAGUGGUACUUGGAAAAUGUUUAUCCUGAGCUAAGGGUCCCUGAUCACCAAGAUAUUGCUUUUGGAGCUUUACAACAAGGUUCCAAUUGCCUAGACACACUGGGCCACUUUGCAGAUGGUGUUGUGGGUGUCUAUGAAUGUCACAAUGCAGGGGGUAACCAGGAAUGGGCAUUAACAAAAGGCAAGUCAGUGAAACAUAUGGAUUUGUGCCUUACUGUGGUAGACCGGGUGGCUGGUUCUCUCAUAAAGUUGCAAGGUUGCAGAGACAAUGACAGCAGACAGAAAUGGGAACAAAUUGAGAAUAACUCAAAACUAAGGCACGUGGGCAGCAAUCUUUGUCUUGACAGUAGGAACAGCCGGAGUGGCGGGCUCACUGUUGAAGUCUGCAAUCCAACCCUUUCACAACAGUGGAAAUUCACACUUAAUUUACAGCAGUAAUAGAUAUGGACCAUUACAUUUUGGAACUUUCAAUGUGGACAAUAUUUAAAUUGGUAAAUCAAGUUUGCAUUCAACCAUAUACCUCGAUUUUUGAAAGAGUUCCAUAUUACAUCUUUCUUUGAAUUAAUGUAUCGAGUGUCUAAACUUUUUGGUUUCGGUUACUCUCUAUCUCUAUAUUAUUUCUUUUCAAUUAGCAAAGUCCUUCCCUCCUGAUCUUUAUUAGUACGGUACACAUAUUUUCAUCACAGCAAGAAUCAUUUUAGUCCUUCUGUUGUGGAAGUUUCCCAAAUAACAAUUUCUGUUCUAUAGGAAAUGCACUGCACUGAUAAUGAAGGCUGCUUAUGAGCACAUCAAACAUUUGCGCCUCUAAAGAAGGUGGUGUCCAGCUCUGUACUGUUUCAAAAUUCACAUUAGUUUUUUUAUGAUUAAUUUUUGUAUCAACUAUUGUCCAAAUGCAAAGCUACUGUGUCUUUAUCUGAUGUUCAGUUUUUGCUGCAGUGUGCAGAUACCAUAACUGUAAUUCAGCGUAUGAGUUUUGUAAGCCGUGAAGAAUUGAUUAAAAAAAAAGGCAAAAAAGAUGUUGGAAAGUGAAAUGAUAUCCAAAAAAAAGUCACGUGCUGUUCUUGCAUUUUAUAUCUAUGUUACAUUCAUCUAUAUCUCAGCACUUUUCUUAUUUCUUUCUGUGCCCGGGGUAGGUGGGUGUGGGUGAUGUGUAACCCUGUAAUUGUAAGGCACAAACACUUACUAAAUGUUAUUUAAUGGAUCAAAGUCAGUUGACAAUUCAAAGAUAUUUUAUAUUUAUUAUGUAAGUAGCUGUAUUGAGACUGUAAUGCACCAACAUCAUUCCUUUCAUCUGUGAUUCCAGCUUGCACUUUCUGUAAAAUCCUCCAGUAAUUUACCAGCUAGCUUUUUCUACAUUGAUUUUUCUUUUCAAAGUGGUGUCGAACACGUGCCUUCUUAGUCCAGGUUAAUUAACAACAAAAAUAUAAUUCCUAGGUGAUCACAGUGUACCCAUGCAAUGGCAGUAUUUCUAUAUAUUUACAUUUGUCAUUUGAAGGUUUAAGGGAAUUUUUUUCAAAUCGAUCGCUCAGUGAACUGAAAGCAGUAGGAAACUUAAACCAUGUUCCUCCACCUUCCAAACUCACUUCUGCUAACAGCUAUCAAUAUCUUAGUAUCAAUUUUCUGUAAAGUCUUACUUCAUUUAUUUAUUUAGUUUAUCAAAUUGAUGACUGUCAGGUUACACUAUGUUGAGAUUUAAUGAGCACAAUACAAUAAAAAUGUCUGGCACUACCAGAAUAUGAAAGGUUGAUUAAAAUGAGAAACAUCUGUCUUUCUCGUCUCUCCAAACCUACUCGCCCGUGCCCCUCUCCAGCUAUAUCUGUUACUUUAUUGCUGUUUCCCUAUCUUGCCUCAAUCUCUGCUUCUUUUACUGUUCCAUGUCUUUGUGCUAAUGGACAGACAAUGAUUUUAUUACCAACUUUAAAAGCAUAAACUGUACGUGUGAAACAUCCAAGUUCUUCUUGGAAAGAAAAAUUUUACUGCUGCUGAACAUGGGGUUUGAUGUUAGUUUUCAAAUAAAAUGUUUACAUGCCACAGUGUGCCAAAGUUCAUUGUAGUAGAAAAGCAUCAUCCUUUUCAUUUAUAAUUAAUAAUCUUAACAUUUUAAAUACAGUAUUUCCUUCUAAUGAGAAAAGCCCCAUUAUUAAAAAGCCUUUGCAACACCCAAAAUGCAAAGGAGCUUGUUGGGAAACCUAAAUAAGUGUUUAUCUUCAAAUAACAUCAAACUUGCUUUUGCUUAGAAGUAACAUGUGACUAUUGAUUUUUUUUUUCCAGUGUAAGACUAAUUUCUUUUCUCAAUUCCCAGUUCUUAAGAAUAACUUUUGUAAAGAGUAAUAUUAGUGUUGUGUGCAACUAUGUCACUGUGGAGUGUUUGAAUGAUGCCAAGUGUCAUCAAUUCAUAAAAUGACUCUCCCCACAUUUUUCUCACUAAUCUACAAAGCAUGAUCUUACUCAUACUUUUUAUAGAUGUGAUGGAAAGCAUCGUUGAAAUUGAAUUAAUUUUAAUAAACUUUAUACCUUCAAAUUCCAAUUUUUCAUGUUUUUGUAUAAAAUUAAUACAUUUUAAAACACAGGAAUAACUUGCACUUCUAGUCCUUGGGACAUCCCAGGUUUGUGAAUGACCUCUCACAUCUAAAGUACUUUUGAAGUGUAAUUAUUGUUUUAAUGUAGAAAACGUAGUGUUUGCACACAGAAGUUCUCCAAAUGAUUUUUUGAUAAUGAUAACAUUUGAUGUUGGUUGAGAGAUAAAUAUCGGCCAAUGGAGAAGAAAUUCCAUGCUUCUUAAAUAAUGUUAUCUUACAUAAAAGAUGACACUACUGACAGUCCAGUGCUCCCUUAGUAUUGCAGUUGUCACCUGUAGAUUUUGUACUCAAGAAUCUAAGGAUGGGCCUUAAACUCUGGUGAUUAUUGUCCAGAGAGCCAAGGCUCACUCAUGUAUUUGAAUUCUUGACGUUAGAUUUAUUUUUCAUAAUAAAUGUGUGUGUAAACUGUUCCUAAUAAAAUAUUUAGCAGUGA